AUGGAGGCCGCGGCCGGAGGGAGCCGGGCGGGCGGCCCCGGCGAGCGGGAGCAGCGGGUGCGAGCGCUGAGCGCCGCCCUGCGGGCCCGGCUCGGGCCCUACGAGCCGCUGCUGAGCGCGCUGCAGGCGGCGCUGGUCUGGGAGCGGCCGGGCCGCAGCGCGCUGGGCUGGGCGGGCGCGCACGGCGCCUUCUGUUUUUUGGCACUGACUUCCCUUCGGCUGGUGUUCUUGGUUGCAUUUGGCCUGAUAAUAAUAGUUUGUUUAGAUCAAUGGAAGAAUAAAAUCUGGCCUGAAAUUAAAGUGGCAAGAUCUGACGAAUUGGACAAUGAGAGCUGGGGCUAUGUUCACCCUCAGUUGCUGAGUGUGCCGGAGCUGUGUCACCAUUUAGCUGAUGGAUGGGUUACUGGGGUCACCUUCUUAAGGAAUCUCUUCGUUUUCAAAAGGCAAAAUCCCGGCAAGUUUUGCCUUUUAGUGUGUGGAGUCUUUACGUUCUUGGCUGUUCUGGGCCGAUACAUUCCUGGACUCUUGCUCUCAUACCUUAUGCUGCUUUUCAUCCUGCUGUGGCCUCUCGCCGUGUACCACAGACUGGGGCAGCGCAUGUACAUGAAGCUGGAGCCAGCUCUGCAGCGGUUGGAUUUCAGCGUUCGAGGCUACAUGAUGUCAAAGCAACGAGUGAAGCAAUUGCGCCAGCGAGCGCUGAACCGGGAACCUGCUGAUGCUGGGACUGACAGUGAAGAAGAACUUGCUGCGUUCUGUCCCAAGCUGGAUGACUCUGUAGUUGCUAAGGAACUGACUAUCUCCGACUCUGAGCAUUCAGAUGCUGAAGUUUCCUACACUGAGAAUGGGACGUUUAACCUGUCAAGGGGACAAACUCCACUGACUGAGGGAUCUGAAGAUCUUGAUGGUCACAGUGACCCUGAAGAAUCUUUUGCCAGGGAUCUCCCUGACUUCCCUUCCAUAAAUCCAGAGGUGACUGGAAUAGAUGAUGAAGAUGACACCAGCAUUGGGAUUCCCAGCCUUGCUUACCGCUCGCAGGGCAUGGAAGAGCUACGUCACCCGUAUGACCAAGAAGAAGCUGUCCCUGCGCUCCUACUAGGGGCACUGCCCUCUGCACACAAUCUUACAAAUAACUUAGCUGGAUUUGUCACCAGAGGCAUGAUACAAUUAGCCUUGUCAGGAGCCUCUCAGCCAGGCCCUGUAUACAGUGACAAUCCCCAGAGAGGCACAAAAACCUAUCUUAGAACCUCCAGCUCUGACUUGGACACUGAUGCAGAAGGGGAUGACUUUGAACUGUUGGAUCAGUCCGAGCUGAUCCAGCUGGAUCCAGCUGGCUCCCGAAGCCAAUUGUUUGAAGAAAAUGGAUUCUCACUGUGCCAAACUGUACAACAAUUGCAUGAGUAACUUACAGCACCAGAGGUUCAAACUUCAGGUACAACGUGACAAGUUGACUUUUUUUAAACCUGGAAAAAGUAUUUAACUCUUAUGUGAUAUCUUGCCUUUUUCCUACUGUUUCCUCUUCUCUGCUGUGAGGAAGAACAAACCUUGUAUGAAAUCAGCCUUUUACACUCCACAUUGGUGUUAAUACCAUGCUGUAAAACUGUUCAGAAGUUCUGGUGACCCUAAGUACUUUAAAACAAGAUUUGCAGCUCCCCAAGUCAGAGGAAGUGCUCUAAACUCAGUUGGCUUUAUUAGACAACAGGAUAGAUUAAUUGUAUCAAAUCAGGGUAAAACAAGACAAUAUAAAUCUUGAGUGGUGGUGUUCUCUGAAACAUCCCUGUUUAAUUGCAUCUCUUUGUAAGCAAUCAGCAUAAUCAAAACUAGAACUGAAAAAACAAUGCUCAGUGCUAAUGAUUAGUCUAUUUUCAGAUGCAUCUACUAGCGAUUUAAGAGUCUGUGAACACCCAGUUUAUUCCCUGAAGCACUAACAACACUUCCUGUAUCACAGACUCGUUUCUUCAGCCAUUCCUUUGACCCCAACCCCCCAAAAAGGCUGUGCGUUAUGGGGGAGUGUUGUGGUACGAGCAGAGCUAGGACACCGGUGUUCUGAGCACGGAUCUCCUACGGAUGGCCUUCUCUGCCACCGGGCAAGUAACUUUGCUUCUCUAUACUUCAUUGUUCCUAUUUAGAAGUUACUAGCCUCUUAUGGGGGCUGUCAAGAGGAGAAAAUAAACCAAUCCAUGAUGAGCAGUGUAGGUUUCCCCAGACUAUUCCCACUGCUUUUGCCAGCGCAGGCUCCAAAACGAAGCUUCAUACACACCAUGUUGUGAAUUUUUGGAAUCAUAUUUCCAUACUCAUUACAGCCCUCCUUGUCCAUUGUGUAGUCACCACCAUGGCUUUUAAGGCUGAAGAAGAAUGCCGUACUCCACUUAAAUCUCUGAAAAUUCUUAUGAGUUAUGUCUUUACUAGUAUAGGGUGUUGUAGCAGUGUUGGUCCCAGGAUAUUUUGUCUUUACUAGUGGCAGUCUACCUGUCUUUUCUCUCGUAGGGCCAGAUAGAAAACCAACACCUUCUGCAGACUUAGGGGGACAUUUUUUCUUUAAUGUUCUGUGCUGAAGAAAAUGACUUUUGUAGCAGAACCCCUCCAAAUGAUAUAUAACUAUGGAUGGGUGAUGAGCACCUCUAGGUCAAAGUGCUUUCUUUGCUGCAGUGCAGAAAGGGAGAGCUAACCCAUUGUAACAAACGGGGAUGUCUGUUCUCAGCUGUGGCACAAGUGGUACUCGGGCUGCUUAAAUAUAAUUCUUUGGAAUACUCCUGACCUGGCCAGUCUCUCCCCCUCCCCCACACAUAAAUAAAUAAAUAAAAUCUUCUAAAGUGCUGCUGCUUCCUAAGGAUGGAAAUGCAGAAUCCUCUGCAGCAGUAAAUGUUUGAAAAUAGCAUCUGUUAACUUUUUAACAUUCUUUUGGAGCAGGGCCUGUUAAGUUCUAGUAGCAUUAACAGAUGCUAUGCCCCACAUUAAUGAGCUACUUUUAAACAGGUUGCUUUUUCUUUUCUUUGGUUAAAAUGCAGGGACCUCUGUGCUGUGGUCCCCACCACAAGUGUAAAUUUGUAACUCCACCUAAUGCCAAAUCAGGUUUGUAGCCCCCACUGGGAGCAGAGUUCACCUGGUUUUGUGAACAAUGUGAGACUUGGGGGAAUCGUGUGAUUUUACAUUUUAAUGGCUCUCUGGCAGUUUCCAAGAUCUUUAGUAACUUGUGAAAACGUGUAAAUUUGCUCAACUGAAACUUUCUGUAGACCAGCAUAUCCACUGUGAAAGCAUCUAGUGCCCGCUGAAGUUGCACCAUCUCUAGACUUCAUGACUUUAGAAUUUCAUGACUUUAAAGCAUUUUAAGACCGAUGAUACCACGCUGCCCUUUUUUUGCCAAAUAAUAAUGUGAAGUCAGUAGUCACAAAAUCAAUGACGUUUCUAGGGAAACAAUGCACCCAAAGGCCCGCCUAGCACAGCGUGCCGGGCUUGGUAACUUUUAAAUGGGUUGGUUUUGAUAUCAUGGGUGUGGCAAUAUCAUCCUGUGUGUUUGUAGUAGCCACCAUUGUGAACGUUUAUAGUCAUUGGUCAGUUUGCAGUUUUUUGAAGUGAGUUAAGUAAAAUGUUGACGAUAACU